CGUGCAGACAGAUGCUGCAGACACCAGAGCCGAACCUGAUACGGACCAGAGACGCACUAAACCCCCGCUGCAGGCCGAACAUUCACCGCCCGGUCUGACUCCUUUUCUCCUCUAAAUGCUCGUGUAGCGUCGGCAUGUUUCCCCCCGGUAAACCCGUCCCCCCCGGGCCUCCUCCGUUCAGCCUGGCGCACAUGUUCUUCAGGCCGCCUCCCGGUGUCCCUCCGCCGGGGAUGAUGCCCGCCGGAGCCGUGGGGUCCGGGCCUGCUCAUCCCUUUCCCCCGCCGCCGCUGCCUUUCAACCGGCCUCCUCCACCCACCGCCCCCGUGGCCCGACCUGGGGCCAGCCCUGCUGCGAUGGGCAGCUCUCGGCCCGUUGACCCUGAGGCUUCACCUACCGCACGCUGGAAAUCAAACUCCAUGACCCCUGGAGCCGACAGUGACAAAGCCGGGGAGGAGUUCCUGCGCUGCCUCGCAGCCAACAAGCCUCUGCCCGAUUACCUCAAAGGCAACAUGGAGUACAACCUGGCAGAGGCCAUCAAGUCCGCCAACGCUCUGAAAGACGCUGUAAAGUCUGACCCAGAAGUCCAUAAACUGACCAAUCAAAAGAGAAGCAGGAGCCGCAGCAGAGGGCGGAGCCGCGGCAGGAGCAGAGCCAAAAGUCGAGCGCGAAGUAAAACACGGAGCCGGAGCCGAAGUAGAGAUAAACGAAGCCAUAGCAGAGGCCGAGCAAAGAGCCGCCCGAGGAGCAAGAGCCGCCCGAGGAGCAAGAGCCGCCCGAGGAGCAAGAGCCGCCCGAGGAGCAGGAGCCGCCCGAGGAGCCGGAGCCGGAGCUGGAGCUCCAGCCGCAGCAAAAAGAAAAGUCGUGCCAAAAGUUGCUCCAGAAAGUCCAGAUCUCACAGCAGCGAAAGGAGACAUCACAAAGACAAGAAGAAGCACAAGUCCUCACACAGGAGCAGCGGAGGAGGAGUCACAGUGAAGGUGGAGAAGGGCCUAAAUGGAACGGAGCGCGGAGCCGAGCACGGAGCCGAGCACGGAGUGGUGUCCGCUGAGAACAGUCUGCUGGAGGGACUCAAGAUGGUGAUCAACAGUAAAGAGCUGGAACACAAGAUGCUCAAAGACACUGUCCUUCCUGCACAGCCAGUGGCCCCUCUGAAAUCAGCUCUUAAAUCUGCCCCUGCCCCCGCCCCCGGGCACCUCCCCCUCCUCCUGGGACAGCCCUUUGCCCAUGGGCCUGCCCCGGAGCCUUCCAUCUUCUCCAUGUUUUCGGACAAUGAUUCGCUGUUGCCUCACGAACGCAGCGGCUCAGACUUCUCCUGGAUUCAAACUCAGUCUCAGGGGGAUCUGCUGACACUAAAAGCCAACGAAAUCGAAGAUGAGGAAUCGUUUUUGUACGGAAAUGACGAAUUGUCCAACUCCGUCUCUAACGUCACUAACUCUGCUAACGCCCCUCAGUACCCCACCCCCUCAUCCUCCCAGCCCUACCCGAGUCUCAACACCGCAGAGGUCAAUAAGAUUAAGAAUAUUCUGAAACACGUAGGGUCAAACAACGAGGAGGCCAAAGUAAAACACACAGCGCCCCCUGCUGUGAGUGAACCUGCGGCAUACGCACUUCCAGCACUGAACAAUCCCAACGUGCGGCAGGCUCUGGAGUCCCUGCAAUCACUCAUCAAAGCGACAAAAGAGAAACGUGUUCAGGAAAAAGGGGACAGAGAGAGCAGUGUCUCAUCUCAGUCUUCAGGGAGAAAGAUGAGCGCAGAGAGCAAACAGGCUCGCAAAACCAAAAUGGAGGUUCUCAUGAAGGAGCUGGAGGGAUUACUGAAACAAGACGGUCUGGGAUUUCUGACCCCAGUGAUCGGCUUCUAUUGUCAUAAAUGUGAAGAGUUCAUUGGAGAUUUGAGCACAGCGGAGAAGCACGGGGCCGCUCACCAGCCCAGUGCCAAGCCUUCAGGGGACAAACAUCCAGAAGACGGCAAAACGGACUCGAAAAAGGCCUCGAAGAAACUCAACCAGCGCGAGUGGAAAGUGAAGCAGAAAUCAUCCACAGACACGACGAAAGUGACGAAACCUACAAAUGCUACCAACACCUACCUGAAGGAAAAACUCCAGGCAGAACGCAUGCUCAUAACGGUGUCAUGUGGGGGCGAACCGACCAACGAGAGCGUCCACGGUAAACCGGAGCUGAGCGGGAAGAGGGCGAGGGACGAGCGCAGUACGAGGAGCGCGUCCCAGAGCAGCAGCAGUGACGGAGAGAGUGAAAAGAAACCGCACAAAAAGAAAAAGAAGAAGAGUAAUAAAAAGAAGAAAAAGAUUAAGAAAUAGUUUUGAGCGUUUUUGACUGAAACGGUUUGGUUCAGUUUGGCGCAGUUUAAAGGAGCACUACAUAACUUCUGUGGUGGAGCGUAUGCCACCUGCUCGUCUCCAUGGAGAUGUUCCUUACUGCUUUGCCUGGAAUGUUCCGUAAUAUUGCUUUUAUUUAAAGGGCCCAUGUUACUGUUUUUCUUAGUUUCCUCAUCACAAACAGACCUGGAGUUGUUUUGUUUCAUUCACACGUUUAACACACAAACCUUCUCUCAAACAGAAAAAACUCCACCUUGUGAUGUCACGUGGUGAUACAGGUUGUGCUGCACUGUGUUUUUAAACUCCACACACCUUCACUAGAAUCAUUUGGUAACUGCAGUGCUGAAAUCAUCCAGUCUCUGCUGAACUGAAGGGAAAAGGAGCUGUUCACUUGAAAACUACCACUUCAUGACAUCACAAGGUGGAACGGAGCAUUUUGAGCUUUGAGAUGUAGACAGACUAAUAAUAAAGAGUUAAACAUGUGAAUGAAACAAACACAACUCCAGCUCUGUUUGUGAUGAGUAAACAACAUUAGAACAGUCCGUUUUGUGGUUUUAUUGCUCAAAAACCUGCAUUCUUCCUGUGAGUGGAGUCGCCUUUCCGUUGAUCAGACACGUAAAUCGUCUUGAUGGGGCCAAAUGCUUGUGUCUUUGAAUAGAAUUUUCAAGGCAAGACAUGAUCUUCCCCAAGACAACAGAAAAAAUGACACAGUGCACCUUUUAUGUAAAUGUGUCAUCAUCUGAUUUGACGAGGACAUUAUGAAACCAAAAUGGCAACAAAGAACAAGUGUUUUAUCAGUAAUGCACUUGGUUUGCAAAUGUUUUUCUCAAUUGCCACAUUUACAUGAGAGCUUUAAUUCCAAAUAAAAAUAAUUACGUUCUGAAUAAAUAUUAAUUCGACUUUAAUAAGUCCAUGUAAACCCUUAAUUCCAAAUGAAAAUUAUUAUUUGGAAUUAACUUAAUUCCAAAGUAAGUGGGUGGUGUUUUCCAAUUUUAAAUGUGAGGGAGUUUGUUUGGUGGAUCCUGUUUGUGGUUUGUUGUUGUUUAAAUGCUGCUGGUGCUUCAUGCUCGUCCUGUCGUCCUUCUGAUGCGUCGAUCCGGACGAUCUGGCUCCACCAGUUCUGUCUUGGGACUUUGAUCCACGUCUCUUUGGAUUUGUGAGCGGGAUGCGGGAGUGGGCUGAGCUUUUGUCUUCUUCCUCCUUCUCCGACGCUCUUCCCUCCUCCUCCUCAGCUCACAGACGGAAAGCGUGAGGAGACAAUUCUCCAGCUGCUGCACAACAAUUAUCAUCAGAACCACUGCGGGAAAAGUCUGGAUGGUGUUUGUGUCCAUGGAGGAACGACAAACCCAGACGACAGAAAAGGCGGGAGCAGCUGAAGUGUGUGUUUUCUUCACAAAGACAUAAAUCCGUUGGUGUCCCCCCCCCCCACAAAGGUUCAACAAGUUUCAAUUCGGAAUUAUUUCCAUGUGAACUCAAAGGAGAAUAUUUUAAUUCCGAACUAUUUAAUUCAGAACAAAUAAUUUGGAAUUUAAAAACAUCAUAUAAACUUGGGCCAAUACCAUCUAGAUGAAGAAAACUAAGCCAUUUUCUAAUUAUUCCUAGAUUUUGUCAGACUUACUGCCGGGAACAGAACCCGCCGGAAGUUGUCAUCUCAGGUUUCCAAACAUCUUCCCGCUUUGUGAUGUAAACGUGAAUAGAGCUACCGUUACCUUUAACCGACUCUAAACCGUAACCCGUUUCCGAACAUUUCCUAAAUCUUCGAAUGACCAGAAAAAGCGCGUUCUUCCCAGAGUGUGUCUUCCCGGAGACGACCAGAAGGGGGCGCCACCUCAAAACUCCAACUCCACAAACCUGAGCUGAACUGAACCAAGCCAUGUUUUGUUUUUACUUUUUGAUUUUGACUGUAAAAAUCUUACUUUCCAUUAAAAUGUUCGUAUUUUUUGUACAAAUGUUUUGGAUCUCUUUAAUGUUGUUAAAAUUAUGGAGGUUACACAUAAAAAUGUAUUUACAAGACUUAAAAUGACUUGACUUCACUAAUUUUUGCUAAGUUUCAUUCACUUUAAGGCGCUGUACCUGAUUUUUACCCUUUUAACUUCUUAAAAAUCUUGAUAAACAGAAUUAUUAAACAUUUUAAAUGGUUUGCUCCAAAGUUAUUCCCCACUUACCUUACUGUAACUACCAUGCUGAUGCGUACUUCCUGAUUCUCACACAAUAUAACUGUUUAAUUACAGACAGUACACAGUGGACUUUGACUUUUUAAGAACUGCUUUUAUGAAAUAUCUCUACUGGGGAAGACAAAUAUUUUCCCUGAAAUACAUGGGGGAAAAAAAUCAGGUUCACGUCUUUUGAAUUUCUGGCAAAUUAAUAUUAUGAAUUCCAGUAAUUUUAAGUCCCAUAAUUCUAUUUUUUGCUCUGUUUAAUUCUUAAAUUGAUGCCAGUAUUCCCAAGUAAUACCAGACUUUUUGGAAGUGUUUUUUCUGCUCCUAAAUGCUUUUAAUGUCGUUUGUUACUUGUGACUGACUGCUCUCUCAUCCAGUCAGAUCUUUCCAUAUUCUUGCAGCUCCUGUUUUUAUUUUAUUUUAUUUUUUUAAAUUUUACUUUUAUUUUUUUAUUUAAUUUUUUGUCCAAAUGCAUUAAAAAGGUUGUACAUAAAUUUGUAAAAAUGCUUUAAAUGAAGAACGUUUUAAUUUUGAUUGUAUUUUUGGACCAGUUUUGUCUUUGGCUCUGCUCCUGUCUGCUCCUGUCUGCUCCUGUCUGCUCCUGUCUGCUCCUGUCUGCUCCUGUCUGCUCCUGUCUGCUCCUGUCUGCUCCUCCAGGUUUCACACUCACCACCUUCCUGCACCAAGGAAUAAAUUGUCUUCAGAAUUUAAUGUUUUUCACAUGUUUGUACAUAUUAAAGCUGCACUAUGUCACAUUUCUGUUGGGGGGUCUGCUACCUGCUCCUGUGGAAUGUCCUGGAAUGUUCCAUGAGUUUAGAUUUUCCGUUUAUUCAGUUGCGAGUGGGUUCGCGCCUCCACAGAUCUGACCUGGAACUUCAAAUCCAACCUGAUCAUUUGGGAAUUGAGUAUUUUUUGGUAUCAAAGUAGAAAUAGAAUAAUUUCAUGACGGCGCUGGAGAUGAACAAGCUCAGUACUGUGGAACAUUCCAGGCAAAGCAGACGGCAGACUCCCCCGGAAAUGUUCCAUAGGGCAGCUUUAAUUUUACCUGGACUCAGUGCAGUGGCAUUCUGGGUAAGUAAGUGUUUGCUGCUUGUCAUAACUGCUGAUGUGUCCUUUGGCAAAACACACUUCAGUCACAAAGAAAUUUGCGAAGAAAACAUUGAAAAAUACAUUUUAAUAAUCACAGGAAGUUUUAUUUUGUAUUUUGGGAGAAUUCUGUCCAAAAGUUGGGCACAAUUUACACAAGAAAUGCAUUUUUCUGACAUUUUCAAACACAAUUUCAUCCAAAUAAAGGUGUUUUCUUACA